CGCAAAAGACGGAGCGGACUGGAACUACAUACUGUCUGGUAAACUACGCAAAACAAGCAGUUUGGGAUGAAAUUACUAACAUCUACUGGGAUUUCCACCAAACCCACAUUGCCUGAAUGACUGUGAGUGCAGCAAAUGAAACGGAAUCUAACAGCUUGUGAGCCCGCCUGACUCCUCCAGCGACCCCUCCACACAACGCAGGUAGCAUUGACGCCUAUUCACGUACUAACGCCCAGUCUCGUAGUAGUAGCUAACGUUAGCUAGCUGGAAGAGAGAUUUGAAAAGCCGAGGGGCCAGGAUGACAGAGGGUUAUAUGUGAAGAGCGACCCUCAUCCACGUGCCAUGUCUCUGGUUUUCCCACGUCACAACACCAACGCAGUCCACAGCAAGAAGGAUAAGAGACUGAUGGCUGAGGUGAACGCAUCGCCGCUCAAACAUUUUGUCACAGCAAAGAAGAAGAUCAAUGGCAUCUUUGAACAGUUGGGGGCUUACAUCAAGGAGAGCGCUUCCUUUCUGGAAGACACUCACAAAAAUGAAGAGCUGGACCCGGUCACCACAGAAGAGCAAGUCCAGGAGGUUCGGGGUUACCUAGCUAAGGUGGCAGGGAUUGGAGAAGUGCUUGCUCGCAGACAUAUGAAGGUGGUCUUCUUUGGGAGGACCAGUAACGGGAAGAGCUCAGUGAUCAACGCCAUGCUUUGUGACAAGGUGCUGCCUUCUGGAAUUGGACACACCACCAACUGCUUCCUGAGGGUGGAGGGCACAGAUGGCAACGAGUCCUUUCUCCUCACUGAAGGCUCUGAGGAGAGGAAGAGCAUAAAGACAGUGAACCAGCUGGCCCAUGCUCUCCACCAGGAUGAGGACCUGGAUGCCGGCAGCCUGGUCUGUGUCAUGUGGCCUAAAGCCAAGUGUGCUCUGCUCAGAGAUGAUCUGGUGUUGGUGGACAGCCCGGGUAUCGAUGUGACCACAGAACUCGAUAGCUGGAUCGACAAGUUCUGCCUGGACGCUGAUGUGUUUGUGCUGGUGGCAAACUCUGAGUCCACUCUGAUGCAGACGGAGAAGUCAUUCUUUCACAAGGUUAACGAGCGCCUCUCCAGUCCAAACAUCUUCAUCCUCAACAACCGCUGGGACGCCUCCGCCUCUGAACCUGAAUACAUGGAAGAGGUCCGCAGGCAGCACAUGGACCGCUGCACCAAUUUCCUGGUGGAUGAACUGGGCUUGGUGGACCGAGCCCAGGCCAGCGACCGCAUCUUCUUCGUCUCUGCCAAGGAAGUCCUGCAGGCUAGAGUUCAGAAGGCUCAGGGAAUGCCUGAAGCAGGUGGAGCUCUAGCAGAAGGAUUUCAAGCCAGAAUGUUUGAGUUCCAGAAUUUUGAGAGGAGAUUUGAGGAAUGUAUCUCACAAUCAGCAGUGAAGACCAAGUUUGAGCAGCACACAGUGAGGGCCAAGCAGAUCUCUGAAGCCCUGCGCCUCAUUAUGGAUUCAGUCCACAUAGCUGCACAAGAGCAGAGGGUGUACUGCCUCGACACCAAAGAGGACCGUCAGGACAGAUUGGAGUUCAUAGACAAGCAGUUGGACCUGUUGACCAUGGACUGUAAGACCAAGAUCAAGAAGAUCACAGAUGAGGUGGAGAAACAGGUGUCUAAUGCCAUGGCAGAGGAGAUCAGGAAGCUCAACGUUCUGGUGGAUGACUACCACAUGGACUUCCAUCCAUCACCAGUGGUGCUGAAGGUCUAUAAAAAUGAGCUCCACCGGCACAUAGAAGAGGGUCUGGGCAAGAACAUGUCAGAGAGAUGCUCCACCACCAUCACCAGCGCCCUGCAGGCUACACAGACAGACAUGAUCGACGGUCUGAAGCCUCUGCUGCCCACCCCAGUCAGAGAGCAGGUGGACAAGCUGGUUCCUCGUCAGUGCUUCAGCCUCAGUUAUGACCUGGCCUGUGAUAAGCUGUGCAUGGACUUCCAGGAAGACAUCAGCUUUCACUUCUCUCUUGGCUGGACCAUGCUGGUCAACCGCUUCCUGGGGCCCAAGAACACUCGGCGGGCCCUCAUGGGCUACAACGAUCAGGUUCCUCGGCCCAUGGCCCUGACUCCAGUCAGCACCAGCAUGCCUCCAUUCCCGCAAAGCUCCAUGACCCAGGAGGAGCUGAUGGUCUCCAUGGUGACCGGCCUCGCCUCCCUCACCUCACGGACAUCCAUGGGCGUCCUCGUGGUCGGCGGCGUGAUCUGGAAGGCAGUAGGCUGGCGUCUGAUCGCUCUGUCGGUGGGUCUCUAUGGGCUCCUCUACAUCUACGAGCGUCUCACCUGGACCACCAAGGCUAAAGAGAGAGCCUUCAAGAGACAGUUUGUGGACUACGCCAGUGAGAAGCUGCAGCUCAUCGUCAGCUACACCGGAUCUAACUGCAGCCACCAAGUCCAGCAGGAGUUGUCGGGCGUGUUCGCUCAGCUCUGCCAGCAGGUAGACGUCACCCGUCACAACCUGGAGGAGGAGAUCACCGACAUGAACAGCAAGAUCGAGCUGUUGGACAGCCUGCAGAGCAAGGCUAAGCUGCUGAGGAACAAAGCGGGCUGGCUGGACAGCGAGCUCAACAUGUUCACCCAGCAGUACCUCCACCACAGCAAGUAAACCUGCCACAGUGUCCACCUGAGAGACUCUGUAACAUCUGUAACAUCUGUUACGUCCGCUUUCAAGUCGACACACUUUGGUAUUUUCACGUCAACGAGAAUAAACCCUCAACUAUGAGAAGGGAAUGUUAGGAUGUCUGACAGGAGAGGAAGCUGAGUGGUUGUGAUAGGGAUGCACGGACAGUUGCAAACAGCUUGCAACUGUCAGCAAAGUAAAUAGAAGUCACAGCCACCUGCUCCACUAUGAAACAUCCACUCAGUGUGUUUCCAGAUGCUCAUUUCUAUCCUCAGUGACCUAAUUCACACUCCUGCACAUGAGCAUGGAGCUGAGGUGGUCAGAUAGCUUAUAGAUGUGACUCUAGCUUUAGUCUAAGCUGUCCCUGCAUUCUCAUCAGCACCACUGAGCCACUCUUACCAGCUUCUGUCAGAACAUGUCAUUCCAUAGAACUCCGCCUCAGCGAACACGUGGAGAUUUGAUUUUGUAUAUAUUCUGAACAGUGGACAGGUGCAGGGAAUGGAAGACAGUGUCUUAUUAACAUAAUGAAAUGAACUAAAGACAUACAGAUUAACUUAUUCCUCCAGUUGUCGUAUAUUUGGGAAAUGUACCUUUUUUUUUGUUCAGUGUGUGAAAUGAUGCACAGCUAUCAGAAGAGAUUUUUGGUUAAGUUAGAGGUUGUUUGAAAUGCCACAAGAAAGAAAAGAGACUAAUGUAUCAACAUAUUAUGUGAUGGUUUGGUUUUAGGUGACAUGAAGGACAAUUGGAACAUGAAUUCUUACAGCUGAUCUAAACUGUACACUUAACAGCUGUUCACAGUUCAGUUUGAUGACAUCACAACUAGAAAUGACAGGUUCCCCCUGCAUGUAGAGCAGGUCUGACUGCUGGCAU